CAUUCGCCUCAUCAUCAGGCUAACACGCGAAACUUCCAAACGCUGUGCAGGGUUCAACGUAGAACGUUGGUUCGGUAUGUUUUCGGGUGCGGUAUUCUGAUCCGGACUUCUUGGACUUUUUGUUUCAAAUGAAUGAGGUUAUGUGAAGCUCAUUUCCAUACCAGAAUGAAAAGCUGAAAUGGACAUGAAGCCUGGUCAUGAGAAGAAUUGCUACAGUCCUGAUGAGGAUAGGUACAUGAACGCUGCAAAAAACAUAGAAAAAGUUGAAACCCUAUGAAAAAUGCUAGUUUCUUGAACAUAACAAUUACGGCGUAGUCCGUAAUCGUUUGCCUACUAAGUGAAAUGGAGUUCAAAAAUACAACGAUAUUUGGUGAUUUAUUUCCGGAGGAUUACAACACAACAUUGGAAAACCGAACGUUCUACAAUGCGCUACAACCAGUUCCUGACCAUAUGAAUAUCACAAAUGAGAUGCCUAUAGUCUAUGCAGUUCCCCUGUACGGAUACAUCAUGCCAUUUCUGUUAGUCAUCACCAUUGUCGCCAAUACUCUGAUUGUUGUUGUUCUCAGUAAGCGACAUAUGAGAACACCUACUAACGUUGUACUUAUGGCUAUGGCGCUGUGUGAUCUCUUCACCCUGUUGGUACCAGCACCUUGGCUGAUAUACAUGUACACCUUCGGAAAUCAUCAUAAACCAUUAUGGCCGCGAAGUCUUUGCUACGCCUGGAAUAUGAUGCACGAGCAUAUCCCGAAUAUGUUCCACACGGCGAGCAUAUGGCUUACUCUAGCAUUAGCAGCGCAACGUUACAUCUACGUAUGUCACGCUCCUUUGGCUAGAAAGCUAUGCACCAUGGACAACGUAUACAGAUGCCUCAUCUACAUUCUGGUUCUUGCAGCCUUGCCCCAGUGUUUCCGAAUGUUGGACACCCGUAUUGUACAGAUUGAUAUUUUAUGGCACAACCGAACUACCCACGUAUGCAAGAGAGUCAUUGCGAGUUGGGUGCAAGAUUACCUAUCAGAAAAUGUCUAUUUCACAACGUAUUAUAUGUUCCGAAUAGUUUUCGUUCACCUCAUUCCCUGUGUGGCCUUAAUAAUCCUGAAUCUUCUCCUUUUUCAAGCUCUCAAACAAGCUCAACAACGAAGGGACAUGCUCUUAUCGAAGAAAAAUCAGAAGAACGAGUGCAAAAAACUGAGAGACUCCAAUUGUACCACUCUGAUGUUGAUCGUGGUAGUGACAGUGUUCUUGAUUGUGGAAAUUCCCUUAGUUGUUGUCACUUUAUUGCACAUCAUAUCAAGUGUGGUCAUAGAGUUUUUAGAUUACUAUAUGGCAAAUUCACUUAUACUGAUUACGAAUUUUAUGAUAAUAUUAAGUUACCCCAUCAAUUUCGCUAUUUAUUGUGGAAUGUCUAGGCAGUUUCGAGAAACUUUCAAAGAACUCUUUGUGCGAGGGGCAGUGUCAACAAGAAACGGUUCUUCUAGGUAUUCAUUAGUGAAUGGUCCCAGAACUUGCACAAAUACUAACGAAACUGUUCUUUAAAUCAAUUAAAAUCAGAAUAUUGAAAGGCACCAUCCAUUGCUUUAUGCAAUAUUUUUCAGUAUCUAAGUAUAAUGAAACUGAUUAUGCCAUAUCAAAUAUUCGAUAAAGAUUCAUUAAGUUUGUGUAAUUUCUCUCGAUAUUAAUUGAAUCUAUUUGAAUGAAUAGCCCCAAUUAUUCUUUACCUUCAAGUACUUACAUAUCAACUGUUAUGUGUUUGAUUGCUAUCUUUUCAAUUAUUUCGCAUAUUGAUAUUGGAAAAAAUAUUGUAUUCUUUUGUACUAACAAAUUGAUUAUCUAUUUCAUAUUAUCAUUUUCGCUUCAAUCUAUUCGUUCAACAGUUGGGUGGAAAUUUUUCAUUAAUAUAAAAGUUCGGAAAAUACAUUCGGAAAAAUUAGAUAUUAACGUUAUACCAAAGAAUACUCAUAGACCAGUGGAACAUUGCAACAAACAAAACGUCUACGUGAUACUUUAUCGAAUAGAUGAGUGUUUUCUUUCAAUGGCGAAGUGGGGAUAGUCACAAGACUGCACUGCGGCUUGGUAGUCGAUUAGCCGAAUGACUCGAAUGUCUCGAAUCAGUCGUUCUUCAACGGUAGGUUGUAAAACCAAAACUGGCUGAAAAUAGAUACGACAAUAUUAUUCCAUUGAAUGCGAAGAAUUCAUUUGCGAAAAUGAACACAAGAAAAUUCCUCCUUGAAAAUCGGUACUUUUCGCUAAAUCUGGUUUGAAAAUUAAAUAAAUCCUACGAAUUAUAUUGUAAACCAAAAACGAUUUCUAAAAAUGCGAAAUCAAUCGUACAUAAUUUUAAAUUAAAUGUUCAAAUAAUCCACCUUGUUGAGCCAAAUUAUAAAGAGAUAACCACAUAUCUCUGAGCAAGUUUUGGCACGAAGUUGGAUUAUUCUGAACUCUAAAUCAUUAGUAUUCGUUGCUCUAUCAGUUUGUUGUCCAUAAACCAAAUUUUUCAGAUAUCCCCAAACAAAAAAUCAUUAGGAGAUAAAUUUGGUGAUUUGGAAGGCCUUAUGAUCGUGCCAUUUGUAGAUAUGACAUGGUCUGAACAAGACAUCCCUAGAUAUUGUGUGACUACCCUGUAGCUGUCGAACUGUCGGAAUAAUUUCAUUCUCUAAAAGUUCCAGAUGUUUGGCAGCGUUCGGGUUACCAUGGAUAAAAAUGAACCUCUGAUUUAAUUCCCCAGUAUUUCUGUCCAAACAUUCAGUUUUUGAUGAUACUGGCUGAUACUGACUCAUUUAUUUGAUAAUGCAUCACGCAGAUGUUUUUAUUGCUGCUCUGUUCCACUGCACCAUGAGUAUUUUGUGGACUAACUUUGAAAGUCCCAGUUUUAUUAAUUUAUUUUCCAAACAUGUAUACACUGCAGUAAGCCUCCGAGUCUACCGAAUAAAAUGUCAGGUUUUCAAUUUUCAUUCGAAAUUUUUCAAUCGCCUGAUACAUUUUAGCCAAUACUGGAGAUGAUUUCCGUACAUUGUGUGUUAAUGUAUGAUAAUGGUGAUAAGUUCUAGGUAUCUUAUUAUCUUCAGUGAUUCGAUUUUUUCAAAUUUUAUAACGGAAAUCUAGUUGGGUCAAAAGUGAUGUCAUAGACAUUUAUGUAUGAGAAAACGGAGAAGGCAUAUUGCCUCAUUUAUUGGCAGAGUAUUUAUCUUCACUAUCAAAAAACAAAAUUCCAACAGUU